AAAGAGAAACUGAAACUUAACGGCCAUUUUAAAAAUGGAGGAGAAAGAAUCCCCAGGAAAGAAGGAAUUAGUUAAUAAAUUAAUAAAUUAAAUUAAAUGUAAAAAACGGAGUAAACAGUCUAUUGUGGAGUGGAACUGAGGGUCCAGGUAGAUAGGGCUGGGUCACCUGUACCCAGCUGUCUGUCUAUGAAGAGUGACCGUUCAAUGGAUCCUCCAGUCGGCUUCAGAGGAGAGUUCACAGGUGAUCAAAGGGUCCAGGUAGAUAGGGCUGGGUCACCUGUACCCAGCUGUCUGUCUAUGAAGAGUGACCGUUCAAUGGAUCCUCCAGUCGGCUUCAGAGGAGAGUUCACAGGUGAUCAAAGGGCCCAGGUAGAUAGGGCUGGGUCACCUGUACCCAGCUGUCUGUCUAUGAAGAGUGACCGUUCAAUGGAUCCUCCAUUCGACUUCAGAGGAGAGUUCACAGGUGAUCAAAGGGCCCAGGUAGAUAGGGCUGGGUCACCUGUACCCAGCUGUCUGUCUAUGAAGAGUGACCGUUCAAUGGAUCCUCCAUUCGACUUCAGAGGAGAGUUCACAGGUGAUCAAAGGGCCCAGGUAGAUAGGGCUGGGUCACCUGUACCCAGCUGUCUGUCUAUGAAGAGUGACCGUUCAAUGGAUCCUCCAUUCGACUUCAGAGGAGAGUUCACAGGUGAUCAAAGGAUUCACUGCUCACUGGAUUCAAGUCGUUCAGAUGAGAUGAGUUCAGAGAAACUGUUCUCCACAAAACAGUCUCUCCUGCGCACUCUGAUGAAGCUGAAGAAGACUGAAAAGUUGAAACUGUUUCAGAGCCAUCUGAGCCAGGGUUGCCCAGAAUGCUUACAUAGUCUUCCUGAAGAUCCUUCUGUACUGGAUAAGCUUAUGAAGAUCAAGGAAGUGUUCAAGAGUCAUCAAAUUGCUGAUUACCCAGAAUGCACUGAGAGAGGGCAGGAGGAUCCUGAGGCCCUGUACAUAGUUGAGAAGAUGCUGGAGACCUGUGGCAUUGAGGGGUCUCUGAAUAUCACACUCCAUAUCCUGAGGAACAUGAAGAAGAAGGAUGUCACUGACCCACUGGAGAGAGAUGAGCAGCACAAUGAAUUCAAAGAAAGAGCCCAGCAGGCACUGAAACCUCAUCUGAAGAAGAGGUUUGAAUGCAUAUUUGAAGGUUUAGCAAAGCAAGGCCACCAAAUCCUCCUCAAUGAGAUCUAUACAGAGCUCUACAUCACAGAGGGGGGAAGUAGGGGGGUCAAUGAUGAACAUGAGAUCAGACAGAUUGAGAUAGCAUCGAAGAGACACACCACAGAGGAGAUUGCAAUCCUCUGCAAUGACAUCUUUAAGCCUUCACCUGGACAAGAGAAACCCAUCAGAACUGUGCUUACAAAGGGCAUCGCUGGCAUUGGGAAAACAGUCUCUGUGCAGAAGUUCAUUCUGGACUGGGCAGAUGGAAAAGCCAAUCAGGACAUUGAUUUCAUCUUCACUCUUCCUUUCCGAGAUCUGAAUCUGAAAAAGGAGAGAGAAUUUAGUCUCAUGGAACUUCUGCAGCAAUACCAUCCACAACUGAAAGAGAUCAAAAGUUUUGAAGGUGAUGAAGUCAAAGUUGUGUUCAUCUUUGAUGGUCUGGAUGAGUGUCGACUUGCUCUAGAUUUCCAAAGCAAUGAGAUUUGCUGUGAUAUAACAGAAUCAUCAUCAUUGGAUGUGCUGCUGACCAACCUCAUUAAGGGGAAUCUGCUUCCCUCUGCCCUCCUCUGGAUCACCUCCCGACCAGCAGCAGCCAAUCAGAUCCCUCCUGAGUGCGUCCACCAGGUGACAGAGGUACGAGGAUUCAAUGACCCACAGAAGGAGGAGUACUUCAGGAAGAGAAUCAGAGAUCGGAACAAGGCCAGCAAAAUUAUCUCACACAUAAAGUCAUCCAGGAGUCUCUACAUCAUGUGUCACAUACCAGUCUUCUGCUGGAUUUCUGCUACUGUUCUGGAGACAAUGUUGGAUAAAGUGAGUGGAGACCUGCCCAAAACUCUGACUGAAAUGUACACACACUUCCUGCUCAUUCAGACUAAUGUGAAGAAUGAGAAGUAUCAUGGCACCAAUGAGACAACCCCAAAGAAAAUUUCAGCAUCAAAUACAGAAAUCAUCCUGAAACUGGGGCAGCUGGCUUUACGACAGCUGGAAAGGGGCAAUCUGAUAUUCUAUGAAGAGGACCUGAGAGAGAUGGGCAUUGAUGUCAGUGAAGCUUCAGUGUACUCUGGGGUGUGCACAGAGAUCUUUAAAGAGGAGUGUGGGUUGGGUGAGGAGAAGGUCUACUGCUUUGUGCAUCUGAGCAUUCAGGAGUAUCUGGCUGCCUUGUUUGUGUUUCAUUCAUGUAUGAAUAAGAACAGAAAUGUACUCAGAGCAGAAGAAUCAAAACCUCGCAGUGACAGAGUGCAGCUGUCUGAGUUACACAGGACUGCAGUGGAUCAGGCCUUAGAGAGUAAGAAUGGACACCUGGACCUUUUCCUCAGAUUCCUUCUAGGCCUCUCUCUGGACUCCAUUCAGACUCUAUUAGGAGGAAUACUGACACAGACAGGAAGCAGAUCACCUGUACCAGAUCCACAGACACAGACAGGAAGCAGAUCAGCCUGCAUUGAGGAAACAGUAUUGUACAUAAAGGAGAGGAUCAAAAAAGAAUCUUCAGCAGAGAGGACCAUAAAUCUGUUCCACUGUCUCAAUGAACUGAAUGACAACUCUCUAGUGGAGGAAAUCAAGAAUCUCCAGAGAUCAGGAAAACACUCUAAUGAAAAGCUGGAACCACACCAAUGUUCAGCCCUGGCCUUUGUGUUACUGAUGUCAGAGGAGAUCCUAGAUGAGUUUGACUUGAAGACCUACAACACAUCAGCAGCAGGUCAUCAGAGACUGCUACCAGUACUCAGGAACUGCAGGAAGGCCAUGCUGAACAGCUGUGGCCUCACAGAGAAGUCCUGUGAAAUUGUGGCCCCUACUCUCCAGUCAUCAAACUCACCCCUGAGAGAUCUGGACCUCAGCUACAAUAGCCUGGGAGAUUCAGGAGUGAAGCAGCUCUGUGCUGGACUGAUGAGUCCAAACUGUAAACUACAGACACUGGGGCUGGGUUGGUGUAAUCUCACAGAGGGCUGCUGUGAUGUUCUGGCUUCAGUCCUGCGUUCUUCUCACUCAGAGCUGAGAGAUCUGGAGCUCAGAGACAAUGAGCUGCAGGAUUCAGGGGUGAGAGCGCUCUCUGCUGGACUGGAGGACCCACACUGUAAACUGCAGAGACUGGGGCUGUCAGGCUGUAGAGUCACACAGAGAGGCUGUGAUUCUCUGGCUUCAGCUCUGUGUUCAAACCCCUCACACCUGAGAGAGCUGGACCUGAGAUACAAUCACCCAGGAGACUCAGGUGUGAGAGGGCUGUCUGCUGCUAAACUGGACACACUCACACUGCUUGUGGACCAUGGAGGAGAGAACAGGACCAAACCCGGACCCAAGAAAUACGGCUGUCAGCUCACACUGGAUCCAAACACAGCGCAGAGAAACCUGUCUCUGUCUGAGGGGAACAGGAGGGUGACACACUCAUCGAGGAGAGAGGAGCCAUAUCCUGAUCAUCCUGAGAGAUUUGAGCGCUGGCCCCAGGUUGUGUGCAGAGAGAGUGUGUGUGAGCGCUGUUACUGGGAGGCUGAGUUCAGUGUGUCUGAGGGGGAAGGGGUUGAUAUAGCAGUGACAGAUAAAGGAAUCAGCAGGGAAGGAGGGGAUUCUGACUGUGUGUUUGGAUUGAAUAAAAACUCCUGGAGUCUGCGGUGCUUUCAUUACGGUGACUCUGAUAAACUCAGAUACUGUGUCUGGCACAAUAAGAACCGAACAGACAUACCUGCCCCCGCCUCCCCCUACCGCACAGCAGGAGUGUGUGAUGAUGAUGAUGCUGGUAAAGGAGUGUGUGUGUACAGGGUAGGAGUGUGUGUGGACCGUCCGGCCGGCACUCUGUCCUUCUACAGCGUCUCUGACUCUGACACACUGACCCUG